CAUCAUCAUACGCGAAUGAAUUGGAAAAUCAAAAUUCUGUAUAACGUUGUGCUCUAAACGUAUAUUAAGGAUGCGGUUUGUACAUUCGAUCUUAGGAUCCAUUUUACAAUUUCAAGGCUGACCUAUUUGAUCGGCCAUGUCAAACAUCAAGGUCGCUGUUCGGAUUCGCCCGCUCUCCGAGAGGGAGGUGAGCGUAACUGGUUCGGAGAUCGUGGUUCACACCGAUGGCAACGAACUUUUGUUAACAAAUUUAAAAGUAUCAGCGAGCAAAGCUGGAGACAGUCGUAAGCGUACGAGGCGUUAUGGUUUCGAUUACUGUUUUAAUUCAUCACUUUUGGAUUCGGAGGUUCAAGGAUCUCAGGAAAGAGUCUACGAUAUCAUUGGGAAAUCCGCCCUGGACGCAAUAUUUUCAGGUUUCAACGCCUGUUUAGUAGCCUACGGUCAAAGUGCCUCCGGUAAAACUUACACGAUGAUGGGACCGAAGAAUGAUCCGGGAUUGACACCAAGACUUUGCGAAGGCCUCUUUCUCCGGAUUCUGGAUCAAGAAAAGAAUGGCGGACAGUACUACGAAACCGUUGUCAGUUACUUGGAGAUCUACAACGAAAGGGUGAGGGACCUCUUGAAACCGUCGUCCUCAAAUUCUGGAGGUCUUAGGGUACGAGAACAUCCAAAACUCGGGCCGUACGUUCAAGGACUGACUCGCCACACCGUUUCGACGUUGAGUUCGUUGAUGUCGUAUGUCGAGGAAGGUACGAGAGCAAGAAAAACGGCUUCUACGUCGCAAAAUUUGAGUAGCAGUCGGAGCCACGCUUUAUUGACGGUUUCUAUCGCGUCAAGGGCCGACAAUAGCUGCGCUACGGUUUCAACUGCGUCGACGACGGGGUUGGAAAAAAAACAACAACACGCUGGCCGGGGCGCCCGACUUCAUUUGGUCGAUCUGGCGGGCAGCGAGAGAGCAGGGAACAGCAACUACGGUUUACACCGUCUCAAGGAGGGAGCGAACAUCAACAAGAGUCUUGUCGCUUUAGGAAACGUGAUAUCGGCACUUGCUGAGAGAGGAGCGACCGGAAGUGGUCCUGGAAGAAGAUUCAUCCCUUAUCGAGAUUCGGCCUUAACUUGGCUAUUGAAAGAUGCACUGGGAGGAAAUGCUACGACAAUUAUGCUCGCAACGAUAUCACCUGCGAGUGGCAGUUACAACGAAACUGCUCACACCUUACGUUUUGCACAGAGAGCGCAAAGCGUCGUUAAUCGGCCAGUGGUCAACGAGGACCCGGUGGCGAGGGUGAUACGAGAAUUGCGAGCCGAAAUAGCCCGGCUAACUUCGCUACUGUCCGAAAAGCAGGAAACUGUCCCAAUUGAAAAUCUCUCUUGUUGUUGUAAAAAACAAUUCGGACGAGACUCCGAAGAAGAAUCUUGCGCCCAAGUUAACCGAGUAGUUGAAAAAACAGUCGAAAGCAUCGGAAGAUCGCAAGAAUUCGGACGCGCCGUCUCUUCGGUGUCGCCUCUGCAUCGUCGUUACAGUUCGGACGAAAGCUUGUCGUCUUCGAAAUUGACGAACGAUAAAGCCCCGGUAAUUUCACCCCGAAGAUUCGGUUCCUUGAGGUCUCUGGAGUUCGACGAGGAUGCCGUUUUUCGAAACAGUGAAGACGCAGUGGAAUCGUCAACGGUGACUGGCUACGACAGAGUUUCGUCUCUCGCCUUAGUCGAUAUUCCGACACUCGUUGCUGUUUUGAUAAAACCGGAAGGAGAUACGACGAGUUCGGUACAAAUCGAGGAAAUUUCAAGCGAAAAUAUACUCGAAGAAACUGCGACAGAGGACCCAGAGGAACUCGACCCCUCGGAGUUUGACGAUCGGGAAAAAACUACCGCGUCAAUCGCCGACUACUCGGAGCCAGAGGAAGAUCUCGAGGACUCAAAGUUUCAUUCAAAGGAAGCGCCUGUCCUUUGCCUCGGAAGCAAGGUAGAAAAAAACUCGGUUAAACCGAAUGGAAUCGAGGCAGUCACCCAUAAAAAAUCCUCGAGUCUGAACGGCUCGAAGAAAUUCGGAUCCUCUGAGAGUUUCGAUUCCGUCAAAAAGACCGAAACACCGUGUACCGGAUUGGGUCGGAGAUCGUACACGAAUUUACAAUUGGAUAGAAGCGACAGAAACGGAAAACACGCGAACUCAGUCGCUAAUUUAUCGAAAUCCAAACGCAGCUGGGGAUCUCGAGGGCCUCCGGCUUGGGCCCCGCCGAAAAAAUCGGACCCCGGUGAUAAGGAAAAGGACACCGUUAAAGAGGCCGCCGUUGACUCGGAAAGAGCAUCCAAGGAUCUUGGUCCGCAGAAGGCCAGGAACUCUCUGAAAAAACAGGACUCCGAGAGUCCGAAGCGAAAAUUCAGUCGAGACGGUACUCCAGGGAUCCCGAAGGACGAAUUAACUGGUCCUUCGGGCGCUCCGAAACUCGUGAGAAAAGGAUCCGUACCCGGUGAAGUGAGUUGGAGGACUCAGACGCCGAUACACAGGUCGAAUAGACGAGCGGAAAUCGUUGCUGCAGUUACAGAACGGCUUUAUUCGACGAAGAAGGCCACCGAAGAGUUAUCAUCGACAACGCCGAGUACUUCUUCAUUAGUACCGGAAUUCCGUUCACCGGAGAGCACCGAGGUGAAAUUAGCGAACACAACGCGAAUGAAGCUCCAGGAGAUCUCUCGAAAGAUGUUGGCCAAGCGUCGGAAAACUUGCGCAGACACUCAAACGGACGCGGUGUCUACCGUACGAGUCAAAGACGCAGCUUCGUUGACAGAAAAUCCUGAAAUUGAGACAAAGGACGCCUCGGUGAUAACCGACGUUCACGAAGAGUGCUCGCGAACGAAGUCCGAGGGUGAUGAGACCUCGAGAGUUAUCAGAGUUAAAGAAAUCGCGACGCUAACGGAAAGGUUCGCCGAAACGACGAUCCGUUGUGCGGACGCAGAGGUACUGACGGACGAAUGGAAAGAAGAAGGGGAAUCGGUACCCUCGAAUGCGGCUAUUAAUCCGGAAACAGACGUACCCAGACUAGUCGAAUGCUCGACGAAUACGACCUGGGUGCCGGAUAACGGUAGGUCAUCCGGUUCCCAAACGGUACCUCAGGACGUCUUGCCGGAUUGUAAAAAAAGUCACGUCGGUGAUUGCGGCCGGUGUCACAGUGUCAGAAGUUGCUGCUAUCAACCGCUUACUUUGAGUAAUUUAGAUCGCAGCGUGAUUUGUAUCACGCUACCAGAUAUGCUCAGUAUUACGAUAGAGUCGCCGAAUCCUCUGGAAUCUAAAAUCGCGGUUUCCGAGGGGUUGGAUGACAAAGUUAGGAUUAAGUUGACGGACGGUGAGACCCAGACUGAACGGAAAAUCUCCGAAACGACUAAUUCAUGCUCGGACGUAACGGAGAGUGAAAAACUGGAUGAUUUAUCGGGGGUAGUUACCACGCGGUCCACGUCCUGCCAGAGCGACGGCAGGACCUUCAGAAUCGAAAAUAUAUUCAAGGAUCAAAAACCGAAGACGCAGAGCACCGCUGAAUUGCUGCCCGAUCUGACGGAACACGUUGUUCCGAAGACCUCUCUAAAGCUAACGAACUCGGUGGGCACAUUUUUCGGCCCGGAGACUUCGGAGAGAAGCACAGAGAUCGAAGGGUUCAAUCUUUUCGACUACAAAAUGCGGGGGGUUAACGAGAAAUCAAAACUGUUCAGCCAAAUUACUAACGUACCGCCAUGCAGAGGAGCUGAUCCUUCGCGUCUGCAAUCCUGUUAUGCAGGGGUGCAGCCGAAGAGCGACCGCAGCAAGAUUGAACCGCAGCCACAACCACAUCUUAAACAGGAACUUGUGGUCGGCGCGAAGAGCGCAUCGAUACCUCGAUAUACGAAUUACGGUGAAGGCAGACCGUCGGUUUCCUUGAAGUCCAGUUCGGUGGCCCGUAUUGAAGCUGAAGAUUUGAAGUCACCGUUGCUCGUGGCAAGACUGAUCGCCAGCGGGAGCUGCAAUACGGAAAUGGAUUCUAGUUUUUCGGACGACAGUUUGGACCCGGAAGAUGCGAUUCCCGAAAAUUUAGUCAGUAAACGAUCAGCAUCGUCGAGAUUAGACGAUUCUCUUUGCCCUCCUGAUGUUGUUGCGCACACCAAAAAGGAACAGGUUUACGAUUCCCGUUUGGAAGAUGACUUUGCUGACGAAGUUAUAGAAUUUCCCAAGACCAGCGUCGAUAUGCCGGAUCCCGAGAACGCACCGAGAGUCCACGAUUACGAGUCCUUGGUUUUGGGAAGGAAUUGUUUUCUCCCCGCUUUGGCGUCGCAAGAUUCGGGCGGCAGUAAUUCAAGCCGUAUGGAAACGCCGGAAAGUGAAGAGGGGAGGAAUCCUUUGAAGAAAAAAGUAUCCUUUUCAAAUUCGCAAACUCCAGACCGGCUGCGCGUGAAAGAUCCUCGGAAACCCAAGCCAAUCAUCAAAAAUAAAUUCAAUAGUAUAAAUCAGAGCGAAAGGUAUCCGGAGAACAAAGAGAACCACUCCGUCGAAGUUAAAGAAAGGUGCUCCAAUUAUUUUCAAAAGACGGAAAAACUCCGCGCAUCUUCGACCCCCUUGGAAUGCAGCGCUAGCGAAAAUAGUUUUCGAGAUGACGACGUUUCGUCAAUUUCCGGAAGUUCCGAGACCAUAAGAUCCGGAGCAAUGUACAACUCGGACGAGGAUUCGGACGUUAAUUCUACCCAAAGGUCCGGAGAAGAUUCCGACACGAAGAGAGUGAGAUUCACGACUCUGUUAUUCGGAGACCUCGUAGAGUCCGGUACCAGCGAUUCCGAGGGUUGUUGCGAAGCUACGGUAAGUGAUGACGAUAAUUUCAGCUGCAACGUAAAAACGGAGGAUUUCACCAACCGGGUAUUCGCCUCGUAUCUCGACGAAGCAACGGCGUUCGUUCAUAACAUGAACACCGUUAAUGAUUACGUGAAUGCCAGUAAAUUGUUUCGCGAACAAGACGAAUACAUCGAGUACGAAGGUUGUAGAAUAAGCCUGCGCGACGACACCGAAGAUUACCUAAAGGAUCAGAAAUUUUCGGUACCUUUGGAUUCCUACAACAGUUGUCUUCGCGGUAUAGAAGAAUUGGAGAACUGCAUAGAACGAGCGGUGAAACACGACAAAUAUCUUAUAGAUAAAUACGGCAUCCACUCAGAAUCUGCCGCUACUAGGUUCCGUCUAGUAGACCCUGGUAAAGAUUCGAUCAAUAGUUUCCAUGCACUAAAUAAGAACUUCCAGAAUCCAGAUGAACUUGGCUCAACGUCGAGUAUCGAAGAUGCGACGUUAGUCACCGACGAAAAUUCAUCGGAUCUCAAAGAGCGUGACCUCGAGAGUAGGAUAUACGAUCAAUUGAUGUCUUCGUCGGCUCCACGGCGUCGUUCGAUUUUACGUGUGAACAAGCCUUAUUUCCGUCGAUCGACUCGAAUGUCGGAUUUAACCGGUUCCAAGAGUCCAACUUCGUCUCGUCUCCGAAAGAAGGAAUUUACAGAUUUUGACAAUGGUUUUUUAUCUCCCGGAGAAUUGCCACGUCACGAAUGGUUGGGUACAUCGGAUUCCGGCAGCCCGCAGUCUAAUUCUGAGGAGUUAAUCGAUGAAACUAGAGGGCUGAAAGCUCCGAAAUGUUUUCUUGUUGUACCAGAACCUGGGAAAUCAAUUUCCAGUGGCAAGGAAUUAUACCGGAGUGACGGCGGUACCAGUUCAAGUGAAGCGGUAGCUACUAGUUCUGAAUCUAUAGACACGGUUGCAAGUGUAAGGAACAAAUUUAGAUAUCCGGGAAGCCCCAGAGCAAAAUUACUCCAACUCGUGAGCGAAAGACGCCAGAUUGUCCACCGUAGCAGAAGCGGCAACAGUCCCGGUUGAAACGAUUAUUGGAAGAAAUUUGACAUUAAUUGAAGAAGAAAAUUUCCCCGAAGAAACCGAGUCGCUUCCAAAGUUACGUGUAUUCAUUCAUUUUACGGAUACGAGGUGCCGCAUCGGGUGCAAACAAUAUGAUUCCGUCUGAUGUACGCGUUUCAUAUUGAAAGCUAUGAAAAACUUUGUAAAUAUAAUAUCAAGAUAUUUCGUUCAACGUACAUAUAUAUAACUUGUAUGUAUUUUUCAAAUAAGAAAAAUGUCCGCGAUGAGAGGAAAAAAAAGAAACCAAUAAAUGUUUUAUUUAGUUUCUCUCAUACGAAUUUCUCCCCUAUUAUGAUUGAGAUCAAUACAUAUAUAUAGCAGUUUGAAAAUGAUGUCUCAUAACUUAUCGAUAAGUUCCAUUGCGUGAUUUUUUCUAUGCCUAAAUAAAAUGUUGAUUUUCAACUUACCCUAUCGAUAGGUUUUGAAUAAUUUUUUUUAUCCACGUCACGAUUUAUCAUUGGACAUUUUACGUUAUAUUAUGAGUAUGACCUAUUUGUAACGAGAUUUAUAACAAAUAUAGAAAGAGAAACAAGUCCUAACUUAUGACGAUUCGGUAAUCAUAUUUUUAAUUUGUCGUUACGAGUAUAAAGUAGUUCAACUUGUGACUGUCGAGAAGGUUGUGAUCUUCCACGCCCAAUAAUAGUUCGGGAAACAAGAUGUAAUCAUUGCGAGAUUAUUUUAAUAAAAACAGUUAUUGUUAUCAUUAUUUUAACUAUGAUCUAUGAGUAUAUUGAACAACGUGUGAUUGCGGAAUUUGGUCGACGGUCGCUUGAAAAAUCAACGAUUAUUCAAUAUUCAAAACUGUACGUGAUUAGAAUGUGAGGAAAAAAAUGAUGAAAAAAGAUUCAGGGGUGUUUGACACGACCUUUCCUCUCCUCGUCUCUUCGUUGCGCGAUAAUUAUCGUCUACGUUUAUAAAUAUCACGCGUUCAAUGUAAAUUGAUAAAAAUUUGUAAAAUUAGCUCGUCUGAAAGCAGCUUUUAAAACUAUCGGAAUUUUAAUCUAAUUGUGAAAAGUUAGCGAGACAGCCGACAUCAUUUUAUCCCAGUAUACAGUAGCAUCGUCUUAUCGAUUGAAAGAGGUCAUCUCCAGUUCUCACUGAGCUGUGCAGUUUGAAAAUUCUAUUCGAAUAUAAAGUUCACUGAGCGUCCACAUUUCAAUUUCAACAUCUAACCCCGUUAGUCGUACAGUUGUGAAAAUUUCGAUCAUUACCUCCGGAAAUAAGUAUAAGAAACGAAAGAAUAUAAUAAAAUCAAAAUGGAGCACAGAAAAAUUCGACAUUCCGAUUCAACGGUGUCGACUUCGUACUCAAGCUAUAAAGACGGAGGUCCAUUAUAUCGAAGGCGAGAGAAUUUACCUCGUUAUCUUCGACGACAGAUGAUUCUGUAUUCGAUCCUUACUGCGUCGAGGGUAAUCCUCAAAAAAUUACCUUCGAAGACGUCACUUCGGCGGCCUUCAAAAUAAAAUCUGGAAUAAUAAAUA